AUGAAGCUCUUUCUGACGUUUGCGUUGCUUCUUGCCUCGGCGAACGCUUACUUCAUCUUUGUUGACGCCAAUGAAGAGCAAUGUUUCUUUGAGCGAGCUACUUCAGGUGCAAAGUUGAGCCUAACUUUUGAGGUAGCAGAUGGUGGGUUUCUGGACAUCGAUGUUAAGAUUGUUGGUCCUGACAAUAGACAAAUUUACAAAGGAGACCGUGAAUCGAGCGGGAAAUACAACUUUGCUGCGCAUAUGGAUGGAGCCUACACAUUUUGCUUCGGAAAUUUGAUGUCCACCAUGACACCAAAGACACUUCUUUUCAGCAUCGAAACGUCUGAACCUCGUAUUCAGGUUACAGAAAAACCAGAAAAUCCCGAGAAUCACAAACUCGAAGAGAUGGUUCAGCAGCUUUCGGGAACUCUUACUUCAGUCAAACAUGAACAAGAAUAUAUGGAAAUUCGUGAACGAGUGCAUCGCAAAAUAAAUGAAAACACCAAUUCGCGAGUCGUCUAUUGGGCAGUGUUUGAAACUGCUGUUUUAGUGUCGAUGACGCUUGGUCAGAUUUGGUACUUGAAACGAUUCUUCGAAGUGCGUUCGUUUGUC